AUGUCAGAACCUAGGCUAUCAGAUAAUGAACAGAAAGAGAUAGUCGUAGCAGCUGAGAUAGAAAAAGAGUCAGAGCGGAGUCCUGAAACAGAUAGGACAGAAUUGGACCCUAGACACAAAUAUGAGCCCAUUCCUCCACCGCCUGAAGGCAUGACCAAAAGUGCAUGGAAAAGAGAAUAUCGUAGAAGGAAGAAUGAGGCAAUGAGAGAUGAAUGGGUACAGAAGCGGAAAGAAAAACGGAAACAAGUUAAGCAGGAACGAAAAAGACAGCGUCAAGAGGAUGCAGAGGCUGGCGUGGUAACCAAGAAGCCAAGACGGCCACAGAACCCGAAUCGACUUCCUAUAACAGUCAUUUUAGAUUGUGCAUUUGAUGAUCUGAUGACCGACAAAGAAAGAAAGUCUUUGGCUAUUCAGGUCAGCCGAUGUUAUGCCAUGAAUCGACAAGCAGUAAAUUCUGUCAAUCUUGAAGUAUCCUCAUUAAAUAAGGGUUUGAGAGAACGGUUUUACGGCCCUAUGCAUUCACAACAUUUACUAUGGAAGGGGAUUAAAUUUAGAGAGGAUGAUUACGAGGUGCCAUCAGAUGAAGCAGAAAGGACGAAAUGGCUUUAUUUCUCGUCUGAUUCAACCAAUACUUUAGAGACGCUGGAUGAGAAUAUGACUUAUAUCAUCGGAGGAAUUGUUGAUAAGGGGCGGUACAAAAACCUCUGUAACGAUAAAGCCCAAAAGCAAAACAUUGCGACUGCAAAGCUGCCGAUUGACAGUUAUAUCAAAUUGUCAGGACGUCGUGUUCUUACUACCAACCAUGUCUUUGAGAUUCUACUCAAGUGGUUAGAGCUUAAAGAUUGGAAGGCUGCUUUUGAAGCGGUUCUUCCCCAACGCAAGCUACAAGGAAAUAAUCCCGAAGAAGACGAUGAGAACGAGGACGACGAAGCUGACGAAGAUAAAGAAGAAAACGAUCUGAACGAAGAUAAUGUACCAACAAACGAGAAAGACGACUCCAAAGUAGAGCAAUUGGCCACAACCGGCCUGGCAGAUGAGGCUACAACUGACGUGAGCACUUAG